AUGAAUCUGCCGUGCUACAGCGCUUCCAGCAGCCCCAGCCCUCCGUCUGAAAGCAGCUCCAUCCCUCCGUCUGAAAUUGAGCUAACCCGCUUCUAUCCAAACGGGAGCAUUGGAGGCGACUUUCAAGCCAAAUGGCUCGAUGCCGAUGCGGCCGUGAAGCUCUUUAUCCCCGACGCCUCUCACUCGUCGUUCGAGCAGGAAGUACAACUAUGGAAGCGCCUCCGUCAUCCAAAUGUGGUCAAAAUGUACGGCGAGUGUGAAGUCAACCCCAAUCUGCGGUUCUUCGUCUGUGAGUUUGCCAGCAAGGGGUCACUUUGGGAAAAUAUCGAGCUGAUUUCAGUAGGAAAGCUGACGAUGUGGACGCACCUGUACGAGGCGGCGUUGGGGCUUGAGUAUCUCCACGAGCGAGGAAUUGUUCAUGGCGAUCUACGCUGCAGUAAUAUUUUGAUCGGCAGUGAUGGCCAAGCGAAGUUGGCCAACUUUGGCUUGAGUAGAUCGAACGGGUCAGGUCUUACUUCAAAGGUUGUUGUGGGGUCUGCGCGCUGGCAGGCUCCUGAGUUUGGGGAUGGCGUACUGCCCUCGUUUGAGUCGGACGUGUAUUCCCUGGGGAUGACCAUUUUGGAGGCUACGACUCGGAAAAUACCAUGGAGCGAUCAAGACGACACGAGGGCCUGGUUUCAUAGAACACGGUGGGCCCCGGAGACGGACGAAGGUCAUCCUCCUGGCUCUCCUCCUGCUGAAAUACGAGACUUGGUGUGGCGUAUGUGCUGUCAUGACCCUCACAAGCGCGUCAGUCUGUCGUCGGUAGUCUAUGAGCUUGACCAAUUAAUUCUCAAAGAGAGUUCUAGCUCGAACGACCUGAAAUUCGAGCGUUUGACCUCUUUCGACGAAUACGAAGGUGGAAAUUUGAACGAAACGUGGCUGAGGGUGCAAACACACAUGAAGAAGUGCAACGAUGUCCACUUUUUCCGAAUGUUCGACGAGCUCAAGACAGCGUGA